AGUAAAAUCUAUAAUUUCUUUUUUAAGGAAAAAAGGAAAAGAAAAGAGCACUGGACCCACUUCUGUAAAUGCCAUUACUUCACUUUCAAGACCAAUAAACUUUCUCUCCAGAUUGUAGUUGGAGUGACCAACUUUCAUAUCUACAAGCAUAAACCCACUAGUCAGUCCAUCUCUGUCUUCCCAAUCAAGAUAGCUUAGCUUCAAGUUCUAUAAUGGUAGAAUAGACUACUGUAAUAGACAUGGGCAACUGUGUUCCAGCUCAAAAGAGUAGAGAACCUGCUAUGAACCUCAAAAGUUCUAUCAAUCCUCAAGAAAACAAUAUCCAGAUUGAAUCACCCAUUAAGGACAAUAAAGUGAAUAGUGAUCUUUCCAUGUCAGAACGCAAUUCCAAGCUUCAAUCUUCGGCUCCAUCGCCCUAUGGAACAAGUUUUAGAGGCUUGAGUAAUCGGGAGGAAAUGUUCUUCGAUUCUCAGCCCUGGAUAGAUUCUGAUAUUGAAGAUUUCCUCAGCGUUAAUGGUGAUUUCACUCCACUGAGUGGCGCUUCUCCACUUCAUCAAAGCAGCUUCAUAAGAAAUCCUCAAUGCGAUGAAUCUAUUUAUAUUAGCAGCAAUGUUAAUUCAUUACCUGAAUCCUCUCCAACUGAUAUGAAGAAGCAACUGAUUGAGUUCUUUCGCGAGAGCUUCAGUAGCGAUGUUGAUGACAAUCAAAAUUUACAAGACAAGACAGAAGCCAAGUCUAUGGCGUUUUACCUUCCUUCAAAAUGUAGAAAUAGUAAUACAUACGAAUCAGUAAACAGCUCUAUUUGCAGUAGUGAAGCCACCCCAAAUGGAUAUUUCAACCGUGCAAAAGGAAAACCAGCAGAAUCUGAAGCUCAGUGUUGCUUUCCAAAUUUUGUUCGAAGCUUGAGCUUUAGCGAAAGGAAGAAGAGGCUGAACUCUGCAUAUAAUGGCUGCCAGUAAGAAGCAUAUCCGUAAUCAGGCAGGUGCUGUAUCUAAUUACUAUCAGUUUUACAAAGCUCUAAAUCAGCAUAGCCGCAAGAAGCAGAAAUAACUUUCCUGUACUUACUAGAGUGAAUCAUGAAGUGAGUUUUAUAUAUGAAAAUGUUUUUCCAAGAUCUUUAAAGAA